UGAAUGACACUGGCAUCUAAAUUGACUGAGAUCUUAUUUUUUUGUAUGUUUUACUGCAGAUACUAAUGUAUUUUCUCCAGUGCUAGGGGCAAAGUUGGCUUUGAUAAAUUUGUGUUUAAGGGCACAAGUUAAGACAUUUUAGGCUCUUAAAAGCCAUGUCGCCCGCUCCUGACCUAGCCAGCCACAUCAGAGAACAACGCCGUCGCCGCCAAAUUGAAGAAGCGAGCGAUGAUGAGACGGAGUUCGUCCCGCCGGCUGCCGGUGAGGCAGAUUCCAUACCGCCCCUGCCUGCACCACCCCUUAAUAUUGAGGGGGCUUGGGCUGCCGUGGGCUUUGCAGUCGUGCUGAUUGUAGUCGGGUUGCCAGUGUGGUGGCGGACUACCACCGUGUACCGUGCACCGCUGCCUUACAGCGCCGUGGAGGAACUGUCAGGACUUAGGCGGUUACACUUCGUACCCAUAACCGUGAUGGCUGAGCGGCCUGCCGACGGGAAGGUUUUUGCUGCCGCGCUGCAGAAGGAACUCAAGAAGCCUAGCCAGGCGCAAUACCGGGUGCGUUCGCGAGGGCUUCAGAAGCCACAGGGAGACGCUGUGCGCCAGGCGUCCACACUGCAGGGUUUGGUGGCGGCGGUGCAGCAGAACACCGUAAUGCACAGUGGGACGCUCACUCUUCUCCUGCUCAGCAGCGACGCUCUGCUGCAGCACAAGCAGCUUCACGUCACCACCAAAAACAUGCUCGUCGUUGCGCCGAAUGCUGACGUGUCACUCGUGGCUUCGGUGGUGCGUGCGAUGUCAUUGGAGGCAAACAGCGAGCACCAGCAGUCCUUGGCUGUUGAAGACUCCGCUCAGCGCUUCCCUGGUCCUCCUCCUCACAAGGUAGUAAGCGAGCCUCGCUACAGCCUCACCCUGACACUCAUGCUGCCCGAGCCCCACGCCUAUCGCGCCCAGUGGCAGCCCUCGGCUGCAAUCCAAGCAUACCUGACGCCGCUGUUGGAGCAGCUGAAGAAAAUUCAGCUGGAUGUGAGUGUGCGCAGCCAGCAGCUGUACAUGACGCCGCUGUCAGGCAUCAAGCCACAGUGGCAGCAGCAGCUUCAGGUUCACGCUCUCCCUCACCACCAGCUGCCUUUGUCCAUCAACGGGAUCGAAGCUAAGCUCGGUUCAUACGUUUCAACAGACCCCGCUCUUCACUUCAUCAUUUACGUCCCACCACGUGAGCACAGCCCACUGCAAAUCCUCACUCCUGAAGGCUCCCCUCUAGAAUCAAACAGUUUUGUGGUGCCACGGUGGGGUGGUGUAAUCAUCCACAACGCGCCUGCUCAUAACGUCUCAACGCAGCCCGGACCGCCCAUCAGCUUUCCUCUCGACACGCACUUCGUCAUGACCACAGUAUUAUCCCAGCUACAUGAGCUCCUGCCGCUGCCCCAACUCAAAAGCAGUGCUGAAGUGAGCGUGGAGACGAUGCAGACACCAGAGCUGACGCAGUGGCAGCUAGACGCCCUUGCACGUGCCAGAGUAACGCAAUACUACCAGACCACGGGCACCACCCUCAAGUAUGAUCGAAUAAUGUUGGUGAGAUAUUGUAGAUAUUUCCUUAGCAAUAAAGAAUUGACUUUGUUACAAUUUUACAGAUACGCCAUCUACGUACCUCUGUUCUUGCCUGUAAGCAUCCCAGUGCUACUCUCCUUCAAGAUGCUCAUCUCGCUAGCCAAGUUUUACCUCUGGCCUAGAAAAUCAGACUUGAAGCAGGACUGAAAGUUCAUUUUUAACCCCAUUGGCAUUGCAGAAAUAUUCUCAUUAAUUUGGCAUAUUCGCACACAGUUAUCUACCGUGGAACAGGUUUUAGUAAAAUCUGUGCAUCUGGUAAUUUAGGACUUUUUCUGGUAAGUAUACAAUUUUUAUGAAUGAGGCGUUCCUCCCUACGAAUAAUCUAGUCUUUUCAGCUGUCUGUAUGGUAUAGGUAUGUCAAGCGCAUACUUAGCAAUGUGAUUCUGGAAUAAUAUAAGAACCUUUCAAGCAAAUUAUUACAAUUUCAAACUUCAGGCUUCAACUGGGGGAAUUGGUAAUGGACACAUUGGGGAAUUACUAGUAGCUAAUGAUACAAUAAAUUAUCGUCUAAAUUACGUAGUUCACUAUGCAAUUGCCACCUGGCUUGUGAGAAGUUCGAGAAGCAUCGAACUAUUGAAAUUGAACUAUCCUCCUGGAACAGUGGUUCUAAAAAAUCAAUUGUUUGGAAACAAUUUCUUUUCGAGAUGAGAAUAAACGCCAAAAAAUAAAGACUUGCGCACCAUUUAGAAUGUCCUAGCGCACCAAAAAUUGAAAACCACUGUUUCAGAAGCAUAUUCAAUUGAGUGCUGUCACUGAUCUCAAUUUAGCUUCACAAGCACCAUGUGCACGUGAAAGUCGCAAUCAUUAUUAUUCUUAGCUGCAAGUUCGUCGUUUGAACUAGAAAUAGAGCUUGCUCAACUCGUGAAGCAUCUAAUGUGAAAAACUUGUUUGUCAGUUGUGUAAUUAUGUAGAUCAUUUGAUUGGGUACCAUACAUUAAAAGUCUUUUAUAAUGAAACUUUAAUAAAGUGGAAUGACAA